GGCGUCUGCUGCGGUGGUGGUGAUGUCAGUUGUCAGUAUGUCAAUCUUUAACCUAUUUUUUUAAUUUAAUAAAAUACAGGUUUCUUUUAAAAUACUAUCGAUUGGUGACUAAAAUAUAUGUAAGUUAAAUUAUGACUACAUAUGAAGAAUUCAUACAGCAAAAUGAAGAAAGGGAUGGUGUCAGGUUCACAUGGAAUGUGUGGCCUUCUAGUCGACUUGAAGCGACAAGAUUGGUUGUACCUAUUGGCUGUUUGUAUCAACCUAUAAAAGAAAGACCAGAUCUCCCACCAAUCCAGUAUGAUCCGGUUUUGUGCACAAGAAACACAUGCCGAGCAAUCCUGAACCCGAUGUGCCAAGUAGACUACAGAGCUAAACUAUGGGUUUGCAACUUCUGUUUUCAAAGGAAUCCAUUCCCACCUCAAUAUGCUGCCAUCACAGAACAACAUCAGCCAGCCGAGCUCAUCCCAUCUUUUUCCACCAUCGAAUACACCAUUACAAGAGCACAGUCGAUGCCGCCCAUCUUUCUGCUGGUGGUGGACACCUGUCUGGAUGAUGAGGAGCUUGGUGCUUUGAAGGAUUCCUUACAAAUGUCGCUGUCAUUGCUGCCACCUGGUGCCCUUGUGGGACUCAUCACGUUUGGCAAGAUGGUCCAAGUCCAUGAACUCGGUUGUGAGGGAUGUAGCAAAAGUUACGUCUUCCGUGGCACCAAAGAUCUUACAGCUCGUCAGGUGCAAGACAUGCUGGGUAUAGGGAAGGUAGCGGUUCCUCAACCCCAACAACAGCGGGGCCCUGGGGGUCAACCACAAGCCAUCCCCCCUGCCAACAGGUUCCUGCAGCCAGUACAUCGCUGUGACAUGAGCCUCACAGAUCUGCUAGGAGAACUACAGAGAGACCCGUGGCCAGUACCUCAGGGCAAACGUUCCUUGCGGUCCACCGGGGUCGCACUCUCCAUUGCUGUUGGCCUGCUUGAGUGCACAUACCCCAACACAGGGGGGAGGAUCAUGUUGUUUGUCGGAGGUCCGUGCUCCCAGGGCCCGGGUCAGGUGGUCAAUGAUGAUCUGAGGGAGCCAAUCCGCUCACAUCACGACAUACACAAGGACAACGCCAAGUAUAUGAAGAAGGCCACCAAGCACUACGAUGGCCUAGCUGUGAGAGCUGCUACCAACGGACACGCCAUCGACAUCUACUCUUGUGCUCUGGACCAGACAGGACUUCUGGAGAUGAAACAGUGCUGCAACUCUACUGGGGGCCAUAUUGUGAUGGGUGAUUCUUUCAACUCUUCACUUUUCAAGCAAACAUUCCAAAGAGUUCUGGUCAGAGACCAGAAGAAUGAAUUGAAGAUGGCUUUCAACGGCAUUUUGGAAGUCAAGACAUCAAGGGAACUUAAAGUGAUGGGAGCGAUCGGUCCUUGUGUCUCACUCAAUGUCAAGGGUCCGUGUGUGUCCGACACUGACAUCGGCCUCGGAGGAACCUCUCAAUGGAAACUCUGCACCUUCACGCCUCAGACCACCAUGGCACUCUUCUUUGAGGUUGUUAAUCAGCAUGCUGCUCCUAUACCCCAGGGUGGAAGAGGUUGUAUUCAGUUUAUCAGCCAGUAUCAGCACUCAAGUGGGCAGAGACGCAUCAGAGUCACCACCAUAGCUAGGAAUUGGGCAGAUGCCACUACCAAUCUGCACCACAUCAGUGCUGGGUUUGACCAGGAGGCUGGAGCUGUGCUUAUGUCUCGUAUGGUAGUCAACCGAGGAGAGACAGACGAUGGACCUGACGUCAUGCGCUGGGCUGACAGGAUGCUCAUCAGAUUGUGUCAAAAGUUUGGAGAGUAUUCAAAGGAUGACCCUAACAGUUUUCGACUGCCUGAGAACUUUAGUUUGUAUCCUCAGUUCAUGUAUCAUCUACGGCGCUCACAGUUUCUACAGGUCUUCAACAACAGCCCUGAUGAAACCUCUUACUACAGACACAUCCUGAUGCGUGAGGACCUGACACAGAGUCUGAUCAUGAUCCAGCCGAUCCUCUACAGUUACAGCUUCAACGGUCCCCCAGAGCCUGUACUGCUGGACACUUCUAGCAUACAGCCCGACCGCAUCCUGCUCAUGGACACAUUCUUCCAGAUACUCAUCUUUCAUGGAGAGACUAUAGCGCAGUGGCGGGCCCAGCGCUACCAAGAUAUGCCUGAGUAUGAGAACUUCAAGCAGCUGCUGCAAGCUCCUGUAGAUGAUGCUCAGGAGAUCCUGCACACUCGCUUCCCCAUGCCUCGCUACAUAGACACCGAGCAGGGCGGCUCUCAGGCCAGAUUCUUGCUAUCUAAGGUCAACCCAUCCCAGACGCACAACAACAUGUACUCUUAUGGAGCUAUACUGCCAGCCUUGAGUUCGGAGAGUGGAGCUCCAGUUCUUACAGAUGAUGUCAGUCUGCAAGUAUUUAUGGAGCAUCUGAAGAAACUUGCUGUCUCAUCCACUGCAUAGAAUCUGCAUCUGAAUCUGUUUUGGAUGGACUCUAUUCAUGUUUAUGUGUUUGUUAAACAAGGUAUAUUUAAUUGAAGAAAAAUAUAUAUAAUUAUACUACUUCA